AGUCAAUUAAUUAUUAAACAUAGUAACGAGCAAGUAUGAACAACGCAAAACGAAUGUAAUAUUUAUGUAGGCUAGUAAUGUAUUACAUUUAAUUACACCUGGACGUCGAUUUUCAAAAUGAAUUUGCAUUAAUACUGUACAGCAUACAGUAGGUAAAUGAAAUGUUAUGUUCCUUCUUCGGUGUCCCAGUCAUUAGUUUUGUUUGUAUAUUCCUGAUAAGGAGGGACAUGCGACAAAGAAGGCUGAGGUGUGGAUGGAUGUCGCCGCUCCCGGACCGCGCCGCCACUUUGCGCCCACGCCGGCAGCUUUUGCGUCCAACAAGAGACUGCAGAUGCAGCCUCCUAAAAGCAUGAAGAUCGCCAUGGGCGCGUUGAAAUGAAGAGGAAGCGCUCCUCACUCACAGGAAGUACGGUGUAUUUUUAAGGAGCACGGCAUUGUCAAGAAGCACGGCAUUACUGUAAUCGGAGCGGCUCUAGCGGGAGCAGUGGAAGCACACAGCAGCAAGGGCACUCUUCAUUUACAGGUUGUAGUAUAAAAUAAUUCAUAUACCGCAUUAAGAUUACUAAUCCGAUUAGCGUGAUAACCGCGUGCUUAAGACAUACCCUUUCCAUAUCGAUUUAAUAGCAAGGGGUAAGAAUUAGACAUGAAGACGUGCAAUCCGUGGAUGUUCCUCCCCAUCAUGUUCUGCGUUUUCACAACAGUAGGGCUUUGGGUUGUGUACUUUAUUGCUGUUGAGGAUGGAAAAAUAACAUCACUCAGUUCAGAAACCAAGAAAUCAGGACCCUUGUCCCCACCAUAUAUAAGCAUUGCAGGCGAUGCGCCACCAGCCAGCUGCGUCUUUAGCCAAGUCAUGAACAUGGCCGCAUUUGUAGCAUUCAUCAUUGGUGUCCUCCGAUACCUGCAGCUGAAGCCCAAGGUUCAGAAGCCGUCGAUGAAUGUCAUCAGCCUGGUGGCCAUGUCACUCGCCUGCUUUGGCAUGACGCUAGUAGGGAACUUCCAGCUUUCCAGCGAUGAGAGGUUGCACAAUGUGGGAACUUCGAUGACCUUUGGCUUGGGGACAAUGUACUGCUGGUUCCAGUCGCUCCUGACCCUGAAGGUCAACUUCAGGAACGAGGGCCGGAGGCUCGGGAUCCCCCGGUUCCUGCUUUCUGGGGCCAUCAGCUCCUGCAUACUGCUAUAUUCUGGGCUGAUGACGCAGGGUCUGCACAUACAUGCCGCGCGGGCGCAGUGGGCGCUGGUCAUGUUCUUCUUGGGCUUCCUAAGCUCCUUCGCCAUUGAAUUUCGCCACUACCGCUUCGAGAUCGUCUGCAGCCUUGACCAGGAGCCCCCGCUGAGCCUGUCAGAGACAUUCUCAGAAGUCUCGGAGUUCCAGUCCGAUCAGCUGUAGGGCCAUCCCAAAUGUGUCCUCGUCACACUGCCUUAUUCCCAUUGAUCUUUAUGUGUUAUUCUGGGGUUUUACAACUGCAUGAUUUUCUUGUUAAAUAAAUCUUGGGUACAACUGUUGUACAUCUCACCCAGUAAGAAAACAGCAAGGACAGUAACGAGGUUAAUAUUAGUGUUUUAUAGCUGACGGAUAAAUAAGCAUGUUCUUUGGGCAGGAGGGGAAUCAAACCUUAAAGACCAAACUGAUUUUUCAUAAAAUUCCAAGGGUUAAAACACUAGAAAAUCAAUCUUGUCUUUUAGAUAAUCUCCCGGUUAUUUCGUAGUUACUAUAUGGAGCACUUUUUUUGUAGCUGUGUUUCAAGUACAGUAUGUCUGCGUUAAACCCUUUUAGUUAAUCUACCUCUGCUAUUAUAACACAUAAGUUUGACUAUUCCAAGAAUCCUUCAAAAGCGUUCCAACCUUCUAAAAUUAAUCAAGCUUCGUAUCACCCAAUACAAGUAUUAAAUAUAAUAAUAUAAAUAAUUUUGUCAUCUAACUACUAAACAGAAUGGCAUUGCCGCUGUUACACAACAGUUCUUCGUAAUGCUUCUUGGAAACCGGUUUUCUUUGUAGAAUUCUUGAGAGCUUUGUGGUCUUGGACCUGCAAAUAUUUUACGCAAGUUUCAUGGAAUGUCUUUUAGGGUUUUUUUGCACUUAUUUUGAUCAUUUUGCUGCUUAUUAUUUUUAUUAUUAUGGUAACCCUUGUAUCAAGGUUUACAUAAACCUUGUUGGUUCAUUCAUUAUUUGUGCAAGUUUCUUGAAGUUUGGUGGAAAUUUUGUUAGGCAAUUUUCCUGCCUUCCAGCUUUAAUUAUGAACCUGUUUUGCAUUGUGCAAAUAUAACAUCCAAAGGAAAAAUGUUACAGUAUUAUUUUGCACGUUGUACUCUUUCUUUGCUAUGAAGUACAUGUACAAAUUAAACUAGGGUUUUUCACAAGUUAAAAA